CUGUAGCUCUGGAGAAAAGGGUUUUAUGUCGCGGGUUCUUUCUUUGCGCCCUUCUCUCUACCCUCGCUCUCUCUCCCCGACGAACUCCCUCUCUCUCUACCCUCGCUUUUUCCGACCGGCGAACCACCGCGAGCAACCGACAAACCAGGAGGAUAUCGGCGAGACGACCGAGAGCAACCGACCGGCGUGCGACCUCCUUCUCUCUCUGCCCUCCCUCUUUCCGACCGGCGAACCACCGCGCCGCCCCUCUGGCUCCGGUUCCGGCCCCGACUCGUCCGUCCCUUACUCUUUCUCUCUCCUCGCGUCUCUGUCUGCCCUCCCUCUCUUCGACAGCGAACCACCGCGCCCCCCUUCCGGCUGCAAAUCCGGCACCGGCUUGUCCAGUGGAAGUUUGUUUUGCUUACUGCAGAGGAACACAGCCAAGUUGGAUUGGAGACGCCGUGUUCGUAUGGCUUUGGAUGUGGUGAGUGAUUUUGGUCUGUCACGUCUGAAAUCUAAAGCAUAUCUCACAACAAAAACUGGGAAGGGAACGCCUCAGUGGAUGGCACUGGAAGUUCUCCGUAAUGAAGCCUCAGACGAGAAAUCUGAUGUGUACAGUUAUGGAGUGGUCUUAUGGGAAAUUGCCACCCAGAAGAUCCCGUGGGAUAAUCUCAAUGCAGCGCAGGUAAUUGGUGCUGUGGGGUUUAUGAAUCAGCGGCUAGAUAUCCCUCAUGAUGUUGAUCCACAGUGGGCAUCUAUAAUUGAGAACUGUUGGCACAGUGAUCCAAAGUGCCGACCGACGUUUUAGGAAAUACUGGAAAGAUUCAAAGAUUUGCAGAGACAGAACGCACUUCAAUUCCAGGCUUCCCGCUCUGCUGCCGGCGACAACACUCCAAGGGAAACGUGAACCAUCCGAUGCAUCAAGAGGAUUUGUCUAUUCAUUACAUUGGUGAACAGUCCAAGCAAACCUGGCUAUUUGCCAGGAAGUUGAUGUUGCCAACCAAUCUCGGUUCGCUUUGCUGCUUCUGGACCAUGAAAUUUGGCGACCAUAUUUUUGGGACCAUUUUGAGAGGAUAGAAUGUUUGUCCUUUGUUUGAGCAAUUCAAUUGUGGGUGGAUCUAGGACGAUUGUAUGUCGCUUUUGUGCAUUUAUUGGAAAAGUCACAAAGGAUCUUGUAGAUAUGUUGCAAAGUGUUGUGGAGAUCGGAGGCUGAGCACAUUAGGCAUUGCCAUCCAUUUGUUUGUGAUACAUUUAUAGGGGAACAUUAGAUUCUCAUCAUAAAGUUGUACAAAUCAAAUUGACUUUGAUGGCUCUUAGUGGUGAAACAGAGCUUUGCAAUGGUAACA